GCUAUUUGGUGGUAAAGAACUGGAAGCAACCUACGCCCCAUCCAAAUUUUGGUCUACCCACCGCCACUGGUUCAGUCAGCCUUGCAGGUGUGCUAGAGUUGCCGCUGAAGCUUCUAGCGGCUUCUCAGUCACAUUCCUGAUUCCAGAGGGCUGAUAUACGAGCACCUUUUGUUGUGGUCAGCGGUACUAAAUCUAUACAUAGGGCCUAUACUGUUUGAGCAAUGCACAGCAAACGAUUUUAAUAAAAUUUCGGUUUUUGCUUUAACAAGAGAUCAUCCCGUUCAUCUCAUUCAUUUUUUUCUUCUGAAUUUCACUCUCCCAUAUGGUCUCACCGUGUAAAAGGUCCAAUUUGCAUUAUUUGGAGAUUAUCUGGCUCAUUUAAAGGCAAACAAUCCCCAAAAUCCCUAUGAGUACAAUUUAGGGAUAGGCAAAUAACAUUAAAAAGAAAUCAACAUCAAAAGACUUCGCAGAGUAUCGUUAAUUCGUGAUUAAAAAGUGUUGCUGUGCACCAACUGGCCUUAGAAGUCUAUUAUAUUCCUCUCCAGAAUGGCGGCGCGCCCCUCCAGUUUGAUACUCAUGACGUCACAGCUAAAACCUCUAGCUCUAAUUUAUAACCUCUUUGACUCCAUCUGGAAUCUUGGGUUAUAGCCCUUUAAACGGAACUCUCCCUUUUCAGUGCCAUGAGAUGCGAAAGGUCUGUGUGUGUAGUGUGUUGAUGUUGAGCGUUGUAUUGUUGGCAUUUGUUGGUAGUUGUGUGUGUGUGUGGAGGAGUGAACAGCACUGACCCAACGGCAAGAGUAUACCUUCAUCACGUCAUCGCGUCCAGGAACCUUUGUUAAAAAGCACAAACAGAUAUUGGUGAAUGAUUUUCUAUCCUGUGUAUUCUGGGCACUGGUGUUUCCAGUUGUUCACCUCUUGUGCAGUGAUUGCGUCAGUCAUAACAACUGGCCCGCCACAAUGCUCAGCUUCUGAGACUCAAAGAACCAGCACUCCAUCUGCCAAGACACCCAAGAGCAACAUGGCAGAAGGAAACACAGGACAAGCUGAACCUUCCAGAUCUGUGGUGUACUCAUCAACAGGUGCAGAGGCAGAAACCCCAGCGAUAUGUGAGCAGGCAAGAACAGAACCCAGUGUUUCAGGGCAUGGAGACUUAUGGUCUGGUCAGCAAAUCCGGAACCCCCUAGCUCGGGCAAUGUAUCAGAAGCUAAAGGAAGAUGAGAGGAACAAAAAUGACAAGCACGUUUAUUGGUAUCGUGUUGUCGUCUCUCGUCUUCCGGAGGAUGUGCAGAAUUUGUUUCUGCAGUUUGAACAGGAUGAAGGAACAGAUGACUUUCUUCAGAACUGCCAAGACAAGUCAGACCAGCUUUUUACUCAGAUUUUGUACUCUGUGGCUCGACCAAUUCUUAACAUCUUUAUGACACAGACCUCCAUCAAUGGAUUUUUGAACCGUGGCUCCAUGUUCAUCUUUUCCAAGAAUCAGUUUGAAAAGCUGUUGGGUUUUUCUGCGUACUAUAAGGGGGAAAAUCUAUUAGAUUUAGGUGCAGGAGAUGGCAUGGUUACCCUCAAAAUGGCAAGCUACUUCCGCAAUACUUAUACAACAGAGAUGUCUGGUAUGAUGGUGCGUCGGCUCACAGGGCAUGGCUUCAAGGUCCUUGAAGUAGAUGAAUGGCAUAAGUCGGGGUUGCAAUAUGACUUGAUUGCGUGCCUCAACUUGUUGGAUCGUUGUGACAAACCAUUGUCCCUGCUGGCUGAUAUGAGAGCUUCCCUGACGCCGGGAGUUGGCCGGGUGCUGGUCGCUGUCGUUAUUCCAUUCAAGCCUUAUGUGGAGUUUGGGUCAAGGACACAUGAACCAACCGAGUAUCUGCACGUGCGAGGCAGCAACUUCGAGGAACAAGUGGAGCAUUUUGUCCGGAUCUUCCGCCAGUCUGGCUUUGAAGUAGAGCGCUUCACCCGCUUGCCUUAUCUGUGUGAAGGCGACUUAAAGCAUUCCUUCUAUGUGCUAACAGAUGCUAUUUUUGUUUUGCGGGCGAUAGAUUCUCAGUCUUGAUGGGACUUCUGGUUUGUAUGAGAGAAUAUGGGUUUGUUUGGUAAAGGUCUACCUCAGUCCUCUUUUCAUAAGGUACUUGACCUACUAUGUGCAUCCAAGGUCUCCACUCUCUAUGGGGUUAAUAUGGAGGUGGCCAUGGGUUAAAGAUCGUUUUAACUUAUUUUAACUGUUUCACUACUUGAUCUGUUUCCUGGUGUAGGUCCUGCCUAUUUAAGGGGUGAUGCUACAGAAUAAGCUUAUCUCAGCUAAUACCACUCCUAAGGAGCUUAUAUUUGGUGUGGACGAUUAUAUGGCAAUGGAGAUUUGUUACCAAUUGUUAAAAAAACAUUUAUUGAUUCGGUUGCCAUGGAAACGGUGGCCAUAUUGGAUUUUAGAGACAUAAUGUAGUGUCAUUUUCCCACCUUAUUUAUAAACAGAUUAGGUUCAUACUUAGAAUGCACACUGAUAAAACAAAGAUCAAACUUUCUGUAAGAGGAAUUUUUUACAUCUGGUUUAGUUUUUAUUUUAUGGCACUUCCAAUUCAGGCUCUAGCGAAAUAGUGGAAAAAACUUGACAACCUACCUUUUCAAGCUCACAAGUUAAGAACCAAAGCAUUUAUCAAUAAUUUUGGGUACAAAAAGCUAGAUUUUAUUUUGUUCAAAUAUUUUGUGAAAGUUUAAUUGAAAUCGAGUCAGAAAUCGAGCAGAAAAAUGGUACCAACCGUGAAAAAUUUUUUUUUGGAGAAAAUGGCAAAGAAAGGUACAAAAAUGUGUGAAAUUUUUUUUUUGCGUACAAUGUCAUUUAAAGAAAUGUUUCCAUCUAUACUACAGCAACCUGUGGACAACGGCAACACAACAGAUAUGAUGAAAACAAUUAUCGAGAAAGGUAGAAUGGGUUUUUCCUAUCUGAACCGUUGACCCGUAACAUAUCCGCGAUUCUAAAAUAGGUCUUUAUACUACUGGAAUGGUGCUCUGUAAAGACCAGCGCCAUACCCAAGAUCUCCGUGUUCCUUGAGGUACUCCUGCUCAGCCCUUCGUAUUGCCUCAGUUCUCCUUCUCUUUUUCUCUUCUCCUUCCCACUUGCGGUUCUGAGACGCUUGAGUUCGCGCUUCUCACAGAGUCGACUGUUGUUGAGGCCAGUGGCCAGCAUGUGCUGGUCCGAAGUUGAAGUCAGAGAUUGCAUUUGCAACUGCAAACUCUACAUUGUUUUUGCAGUGGAACCUGCUCUUUGAGCAACGAGACCAAAUGGAAGAAUGCAGGCUCUCGUUGGCAUUUUGUGUCGCGUGGAGCUCACAUUGCUUGAUCAGGUCGAUGGCCGUCAGACGCUUGUAGAUUGGCAUAACAUGCUCAUACAGCCUGUCAUAAUCCAGCGGAGUGUGGAUGCGAUCAGUAUGGUGGCCUGGAUAUCGUCCCUCAUACAGGUCAACUUAAUAGAAGCACCAAGAGUUGUUGUUUGGGGGACAGUGGAGGGGGGGCAAUAUUGGUGCUAAGGAGAAUCAUCCAUUGAAAAAACAACGUAACAGGGAUGCAAAGAUGGCCUUCUGCAUGUCCUCUGCUGUGGAGUCGUUUCGAAUCGCCCUGGAAUAAUAUAUGCCUACGGUCUUAAUCUUGUCAGCAGUCAGGCUUCCAGAUCUUCUUCCAACAAGCGUAAUACAUGAGAACGAAAAUUAGAUAAAAACAUGUUAUGAAAAAUCAUGUUUUUAUCUUCACUUCUAAGAGGACAGAAGAAUAACAUACUGUACAAAUGGAAGUCUAAAUAAACUGACAGGUGCAUGCCCAUCGUAAAAAAAACAUAAAAGACACAAAAAAAAGAGACUGAAACAUUUUAUGGCUAUCUCUACUCUACCAGACACUGAAAUACAAUUAUCAAGCAACAUGUUUUCUUAAACGUUUUUUCCUUGAGACAAGCAUUAAUUGAUUGACAAUGACAUGCUUGUAGAGGAAUAUGAUAUCCACAAAAUGGAAUGAUAACACUAUACUGUUGCACUAACCUUUCUUUGAGCAAUUUUGAACAAGAUUGCGGAGUGCUGUACCGAGACGCUUGGAGACGUGGUUCAUGCACUCUUCCCACUUCCCCACAUCCCCAUAUGUUCGACUCACUUGAACACGGUCAUAAGCCUUGGAGUCUCCAUCACCAACCAUGGUGGUGUACCUGAAAUUGUGCAGCUCCAAUGAUCUUGCCCAUAUGACUUCAGUUGACUUGGCCUCCAUCAUGCCAGAGGGUCCUGAAAAAAGCAGGAAGAGCAGUUCAGUGAAUACUUGAAUAGAAAAGUAUGUACAUGCAUUGAAAAUAACACUCAUGAUGUACUUUUCACAUUUUUCUAUAAUAAAAUUUGUCUAUCUAAUAACUGAGGUAAAUGUAAUUGCCUUUAUGAUCGUUCUAAACUCAAAGUUUAAUAUAAGUAGUUAUUAUGUUUAUCAUCUUUGGAAUAAUUUAUGGUGCACCUUUCAAGGUGUUUGGGAAGGUUUUGCAGUUGUCAUUAUACGCUUGCGGUCAUUAAUGUUUGCACUACAUCGUCUGAAGAAAUAUGAAUACCCACCUUUGAAGUUGAUGCUGCAUCCUUCUUUUCUGUGCUUAGCAAGCCAUGCAUCGUAACGGUUCGGGUUGUGCAGCCUCUGAAAUUCCCCUAUUGCGCAAAACUGACAAUGUGUGCUGACCACAUGAUAGUCCAGAAUGACAACAGUCAAUGCCUCGAUGACACAGCCUAUACCUAUUUUUGAGGUGUGGCCACGAGUCCGAGUAAGCCAGGAGCCAUCGAAGGAUACAGCAACGUCCAGAGCGGUUUCUUCGUCGAUACAGUUGUGACGUGAUCUAACGACUUUAGCUGCAUCCUGGAGAAUCACUUUCUUUCUUUCUUCUUCUUUCUUCUCCACAAUUGCUGCUUUCUUACUUAAUGUGUUGUUGUGGUGCAAGCUGGGCAUGUCAAGGGCCUCGCAAAGAAGACUGAGCUUGCAAGGUCCCAGGUCUGCAGGGAUAGACACACAAUGUCUUCAUUUCUUACAAAAGGACUCAAUACGCUUGGCAAAGUCUUUACUUUUUUGGUUGUUCAAUGAUACAGUGAUAAGGCCACAACAGUUGGGGCAGGGGAACAUGGCAAAGGAUUCGCACAGUAAACUUAAGUCCACAAUUGUUCUUCCACUGUUUGUCGUGCUGUCACCAUUGUCACCCAUAGUAAUACCUCCAUCUGCAUCAUCACCUUCCCCCAGAAAGAGAGCUUUGGCGCUAAAAAUUUUCCUCUAGAAGGUAGUUGGCGUUGAAGGCAAAGGGUUAGGUUCUUCAACAGAAGGGAGAAGGGUUUCUGGUAUACCAGAUACAGCCCUAAGUGUACAGUUUACAUAAGCACAAUCACUAUCACGACUUACAGUUGUGUCAUCAGGCUCACUCACAGAAUCAGCUGUCCUACACUGACGUCUGGCCAUAGCUACCCUGUCCAUCCAUCUUGAUUUCCAAGAUUGCUUCGUUGACACAGAUCUUGAUCUGCUAGGCAUGGCUACACAAGGCUUAUAUUCUCACUACUACACACUUCUAGAAGCCAAAGAAAAAAAGUCAACAUAAUGAAGAAGUCAGCUAACAAACAUUCCGGUGCAAGCUGACGGAAAAAACACUUUUUUAUGGGAAAUUCGCACCGGGUCAAACCGUUGAUGCGCACGCACACAGUAUACUCAUACUUACCUCAAAUCUGUCUCUGUCAAACUUGGUGUUGAACCACAGAGUGUGGAAUGGCAGGAAGUCUUUACCCGUCCAGUAGUUUCACAAGCUUGGUUUCCUGUUCAUACUCAUAGGGAUAAGGACAGCAAUGAAUUUCUAAAAUUCCUUCUCGGUCAUCUUCUUCCACUUUCCAAAGCGAGAAUGUUUGGGGGCUGAUGUGUUGACUUGUACCUUAGCAAGGGCAUAACUGUUCACAUCUUUUAAGAAAUUGUCAAUGAUGUGUGGGUUCAUGAGUGCAAAGAAGCUUUCCAGCUCAGUCGUCAACUUUCCGAACCCAUUUCCCAUCACACCAACAUCUGACUGAAAUCGGGAAAAAUAUCGUGUUCGCAUGGCUACCUAGCUUUGUGGGUAUCCGAGGAAAUGAGCAGGUGCAUCUCCUGACAAAGGAAUCCUUGUCCUUUCUGUUGGGAUCAACGACAGACACUCUCUCACAGACUGACUUUAAAAACAAAGUCAGGAACUACACCUUCAUUCUGUGGGUGACAUAUUGGGAGAAACAAAUUAACAAUAAACUUCACAAUAUCAUUCCCAAACUGGGCCUCUCCAGAAGAGACAAAAGUCAUUUUUACUCGAUUACAUGUAACACCUCCCUGACACAUCAUAAAUACCUCCUUCAGGGAGAGGAGAAACCUUUCUACAGAUUUCACCAUUAGACACAUCUUAACAGAAUGUCCAGACUUUGGAGAGACCCAAGGGAAAUAUUUUAAAUUUAAAAAAUCACAAGAUCUGUUCGCCGUUUUUGAUCCCAACAGAAUUCUCAAUUUUAUACAGGCCAUUGUGGCCUGUACAAUAAAUUGUAGAUCAUGUUAUUUUCCUUUUAUGUAAAAAUGUUAUUUUAAAACCUGUAGUCUUUUUUUACCACAGAUUUUUAAACCUUUUAUUUGAAACAUUGACCAGAAUCAAGCUGUGCUCUAACUGUUGUCAAUGCAACCGACUUGUGUUUCAUGUGCCCACAUGACCUUAUGUAGUUGUGAGUGCCGUAAAACUCGUACUAAAUUAUACAGUUGCGAGUGCAGUAAAACCCAUAUUAAACAAACGAAAACUCUUACUAAACUAACUUUCUGCAAAUGUCACCGCUGCCUCUUUCAAUCCGGCAUGAUGACAGCUUUCAGUUUCAAACACAACAAAAUUGGGAGUUAAGAUUCAGCAAGAA